AAUCAGAAUGCGCCAGCUGGGAUUCCGGGCUUUUGACAGAAUCCAACGUGUAUAAAAUAAAGCGUGGAUUAAAUUUAUGUAGUUAAAUUAAAAAUUUCAUUAUAAUAAAAACUCAAUGAAUUAAAACUUUAGUGUGUUUAUUUUACAACUUAAGAAUAUAUUGUACGUGAUAUAAAAAUUACUUUAUUAGCACAGUAAUACAAAAUAAAUAAAAUGAAUAGUUCAGUGUUAUUAACUCUUUCUAUUGUUAUUGGAUUAAUAUAUACUGUCAUAGCUUUGAAAAAUGAUGAAUGUGAAGUAUGUAUAAAUACUGUGGAAAGGUUUGUCAAUACUUUAAGUGAAGAUGUGAAAAUAGAUACAAAAAAAAUAGAAGCAGCAUUUAAAGAAUUUUGUAAAGGUACUAAAUCUAAGGAAAAUAGAUUUUGUUAUUAUUUAGGUGGACUAGAAGAAUCUGCCACAGGUAUUUUAAGUGAAUUGAGUAAACCUAUAUCUUGGUCCAUGCCUGCAAAUAAAAUAUGUGAAAAAUUGAAAAAAAAGGAUUCUCAAAUAUGUGAUUUGAGAUACGAAAAACAAAUUGAUAUUAAUACUGUUGAUUUGAAAAAACUUAAAGUACGUGAUUUAAGGAAGAUUUUAAGUGACUGGGAUGAAACAUGUGAUGGUUGCAUAGAAAAAACGGAUUUUAUUAAACGAAUUGAAGAACUAAAACCUAAAUAUUCUCAUAGUGCAAAAUCAGAACUCUGAAAAAUGUUCAAAAAUAUAGAUAAAUUAUUAUGUUAGUAUGGCUAA